AGCCAUUUCAAACAGAAACACUUUGGGUCCUUUUACUUCACGUGUGUGUCUGCAUCGCGAGGAGCAAUCAUGCCGAAAUCAAAGAGGGACAAGAAGAUUUCAUUAACGAAAACAGCCAAGAAGGGGCUGGAGACAAAACAGAAGUUAAUCCAGGAGUUGCGGGAAUGUGUGGACACCUACAGAAACCUGUUCGUAUUCUCUGUGGCUAAUAUGAGGAAUAACAAGCUGAAAGACAUUCGGACAGCAUGGAAACAUAGCAGAUUCUUCUUCGGCAAAAAUAAAGUCAUGGUUGUUGCUUUGGGAAAAAGAGAUACAGAUGAAUACAAAGAUAAUUUGCACAAGGUCAGCAAGCAUCUACGUGGCGAAGUGGGUGUACUAUUCACAAAUAAAACAAAGGAGGAAGUACAAGAGUAUUUCAGUCAUUUCAAAGAGAUGGAUUAUGCUCGCUCAGGCAACCAGGCUCAGAUGGGCGUAACUCUGGAUGAGGGACCCCUUGAACAGUUUAAUCAUUCAAUGGAACCCCAGUUGAGGCAGUUAGGACUUCCCACUGCUCUAAAGAAAGGAGUGGUAACACUGCUGAAGGACUAUGAAGUUUGUAAAGAGGGGGACACGCUAACUCCUGAGCAGGCUCGUAUUCUGAAACUCUUUGGUAUUGAGAUGGCAGAAUUCAAGGUGCAGAUCAAAUGUAUGUGGAACUCAGAAACAGGCGAGCUUGAGAACUUUGCUGGAGAGGAGGAGUCCAUGCAGGAUGACGAAGAUGAUGAUAAAGAUGAGGAUGAUGAUGCAGAAUGAAGCUUCUGCAAGGCGGGAGCUUGUAAACAUCCAUUUUAAAAUAUUUUUUUGCCAGCUUUCAAAAGGAGAGGGACACUUAAUGUACAUUUCAUCUUGACAGCCAGUGCAGCAGUCUGUAGUCUCUCGCAUCCUUUUUGUAUCUACAACACACAAACUUCUGUCCUUGACCUUGAAUUUUAGCUGUGGACACUGCGGACUGUAGUCAAAGGAUUAAAUAGUUUCUUUUUUUUUUCCCCUCUCGAGUUCUCUCAGCACAAUGGGGGAUUUUUAUCGCAUACAAGUCCAUUUUCUUUCAAACAGCUAUGCACAUCAAUAUUCAUGUUAAACCAACACUUAUAAUAUACAUGUAUGGGAAAAUGUUUUGUUGAUGUGACAAAAUUGAAUGCAGACUCAUCAAGAAGUUAUUUUUCCAUGAAAGA